AUGGGGGCUUCUACCAAAAAGGAGGAGGUUCCGAAACCUCAGGCCAGGGCAUUUCAAAUUACUGCGAAGGAAGCCAUGAACGAUCCCGAUGUUGUUACGGCCUACGUUACGGAUGCGGCGAAAGAAUUGAAGAAGACGGUGAAGGACGUUCCUAUUUUUUGUGAAUAUCCAGAUGUAUUUCCGAAUGAUCUGCCUGGAUUGCCACCCAAUCGUAAACGAGGCAAGGUGAUUGCAUAUGUUUCUCGUCAAUUGAAAGAUUAUGAGAAGAACUACUCUACUCAUGAUCUUGAAUUAGCAUCAGUGACCUUGAACAUGCGUCAACAACGUGCUAUGGAACUCAUCAAAGAUUACGAGUAUGAGAUACUAUAUGAUCCGGGUAAAGCCAAU